AUGAAUUCCAUGUCGGACAUGACAUCAGAAGAGAGGUGUCAUGAAGUUUCGGAGGAAGACGAUCAGCCAGCAGCUAAUGUGAAUCAAGUACAUCACAAACCUCCGCCCGAUGGAGGGUGGGGAUGGGUCGUUUGUCUCGGAGCAUGGAUUGUUAAUUUCUUAACAGUCGGGCAGCAGAAUGCAGCUGGUGUGGUGUACUCGGCGCUUUUGAAUGAAUAUUCCACAAAAAGAGGGGAAACAGGUAGAGUUGCUUACACAUUCAACCAAACUAACAGUGUUCAGUUUUCUUUUAAAACUCAGUCUAGUCAUUUUGUUUCUUUAUAUUUCGAAACGAUUCUCCGGCAAACGGAAACUGAGAUGUGAAUCGAUAAAAGCAGCAUGUGUGCGCAAUACAACGUUUGGUGGUUUUCUUCCCUAUUUUGACCAUCAUCUCAUUUUAAUCGAAAGUCACUUUUUCUAUCUUGAAUUUUUUAAACUUCCCCUAAGGUCUGUCAAAUAAUUUUCUAGUAAUUUUUGCACAACGCAAGACGUGACUCGAUAAAGUGUGAGGUCAAAGCCUCCUUCUAUUUUCGUUUAAGCAGAAGCUUCCGGUUAAGAGAUCUCAAACUUGGACUAUCUGACGUACAGAGUACACUUGAAUAUUGGAAAUCGUUUAAAAAUAAUCGUGACAGUUUAUGUAAAAGGUCGCUUUCGAUUAAACCGAGUUUUACUCCUUGUGAUUUCCCUCCAAAAUCUGUUGGCUAUAUCCAAUCAGAGUAAGAACUACAUGUCAAUUUAAAAACCUGAUUGAUAGCUUAUAGGAACAAGCAGCUUUUUUUGACGGCCUGACUAAAAAGUCUCCAUCGCGACAUUCACAAAGUCUGUUAUGUUGUUCUUUAGUCGUUGUCUUUUUACCAAGCCUACAUUGAUUAUCCAGGUCUAUCGUGUCAUUUCAUCGUCCACAGCUUUCAAACUCAACUUGGCCCAAUGAGCAUAGCCCACUAUCUCUUGCAAAACCUUACUCUAUUCCUUUCAAUUGCUUGAAAGCGUUGAGGUAAAAAAAUAAAACAUCAGAACAAUAUUAUCUUCCUAGAUGGAAAAGUUUGACAAUUGAGUAAAUAGUCUAUCAUCUUUCUCAACAGCUUGGGUUGCCUCGCUGGCGUCCAGUAUGAUGUAUCUGUUCGCUGCUGUGGGCACCUCUCUCGCUGAACGUUUCGGAAGCCGAUUGGUUGUCAUCAUUGGAUCUUUUGUCUCAGCUUCAGGCCUCCUUGCCAGUUCCUUCGCAACAACGCUCACACCCCUGUAUGGAAGCUACGGAAUUAUAUGGGGUCUGGGAGCAAGUCUGGGCUUAUUUCCCUCGCUCGUGAUACUAACAAAGUACUUCAGGAGGCGUCUUGCCCUUGCAUCUGGGAUGGCUCUGGCGGGAGCCGCGUGUGGCACCCUAGUAUAUGGGCCUGUGAUACAACUCCUUGUAUCAAAGUACGGGAUUUCAGUUACAUUUCGGAUUCUUGCCGCCGUUCAGAGUUUUAUGUUUAUGAGUGGAUUGAUAUUUCGACCUGUGGAGAGCCAUAAAGCCUGCCGAGACAGACAAAGAGAAAACGACGGCAACAUUUUCAAGAACAAAGCGUACGUCAUCUGGGUUGCUUCGCUUUGUGUGUUCAUGCUUGUGUUCCUCGUGCCUUUUGUUCAUUUGGUAAGUUAAGCAGACAGAUAAAUUGUUUCUUCCCUCACUAUCCAAAGUCUCCACUUCCAAAAAGUUGCUUUCAGUUAGUUCAGUGCAGUUGAGAACAUUCAGGUUUCAUCUCUGUUUGAUAAUUUCCUUUGUUUCAGUCUCACUGAGAGAAAGUUUGUUUCUACUUCUCUGAAGCUGUUGGCCAUAUUCUUGAAACUAAAAAGCAGCCUUUUACUCUCAAAGGCUGCUCGCAAAUCUGCGUUAAAUAAGAGUCUUGUACUCGAAUAAGGCUGACGGUCCACUACAGUCUGGGCUUAUCCCGUUUUCAGAGCCGUGAAGGAACCAAAGUAUUGCCUCUCCUUUGAAUUUGUCCAUAGCGGUGAACUAAUCAGUUCCUCCGACAGUUUGCUGGUUUUCCUUUACACUACGUGGGUGGAGAGGCAGUAAGGGAGAAAAGUCUCUUUGCCAAAGAAAACAAGUGAACAUAAAUUUAAUUUGUUCCCAAGGAAAAAAUCUCCUCUAUUUUGUAGUUUAAUUAUGUUUACUGAACAAAAUUAAGGCGCCCUUGUAAAUCGAACAGAUCUGCAGUGAUUCAUGGUCAGUACUCAUGUAUCACAUCAAGACGAUGACUAAAUCAAAUUGGUUUUCGCGACUGUAGAGCGUUACUUUAAUACCUGAAUUUGUUCCUUCUUUGUUUAGGUUCGCUUUACAGAGGACAAAGGAAUCAACACGACCAAAGCCUCUCUUCUAACAGGUUAUAUGGCCUUUGGAGGACUUACGGGAAGUAUCGCCUUUGGCAUUGCGUGCGAUCAUCUGCAAUUCAACCGCCUCAAGGUCUGCCAGCUCUCUCUCCUUCUCAUAGCUAUUUCUUCCUCCCUUGUCACCAUGGCGAAUAAAUAUGUCUGGAUUUGCGUGUACGCGUUCACUUUUGGUGUUUUUGAUGGAUGCUACGAGAUGCUUGUUCCCGUGAUCACGCGGGAUAUCGCAGGCCCUCAAAGAGUAGCGCACGCCAUCGGUUUGCUUUACUGUAUGAUGGCCUUUCCAAAAACGCUCGGCCCACCAAUCGCUGGUUGGCUUUUCGACUUGUCCAAUGACUACAGUGUUUCUUUUUACGUCACUAGCGCUGUAACCAUUAUUGCAACAGCCGUCAUGUUCCUUCUCAAUUGGGUUCCACUCCACAAAGAUCGCUUAGAGAUGGAAGGAAAUGAAAUGCACUCUCCGAAAAUUACAGACGGGCCUUCUCACGAAAGCGUCUGCGAUGGCUUCGGGAUAAACUUAACACCAGAAGCCGACGACUCUGUAACUCGCAGGUGGCUGCCAAUUUACUGGGUAGAAAGUCGCGGAGAGUAUGAAUAUCGCGAAAAGCUGACAGUGCUGUGA